UGGCACUAGGAGAGAAAUUUCGACUGGGUCGCGUUUUGGAGCAGUAGCAGCAGUAGUUGCGUUUUACGUCAACUAACCUGUUCGCCUACCUAAUCCAACUCCAUACCAUGUUUAUAAAUAUAAGCAAAUUUGACAUUUUCAGUCUCCAUUGAAAGAUAAUAACACAGUGCACAUUGAUUUUACUGUAGUAAAUACGUAAUCAUCACUGGCCCAUUGCAAGUGUGAUUAUCCAUCGUGAUGCAGAGUAAAACGGUUAUUUGAAAAAUUGUACCAUAUUUUUAUUGUAUUGUAUGUAUAUAUAAGUGAGAUUAUUUAUUUAUUCUCUGAAUUGAGGAAGUAUUCUGUCAAAUAAUCUUUAUUGUGAUUACUGUGUCAAUGAAACAAUGACAAGUGGCCAAAGUGGACACGAUUAUUCUCUGACGAUAAGACAUGAGAUUCAAAGAUUCGAGAGUGUACAUCCUUCGAUAUACGCUAUUUACGAUCUCAUUGAUCUUAUAAAUGACACUCAUAUUUCCAAACAAAUACGAGAACAUGUUGUGGCCAUUGAAGAUUCAUUCGUCAAUAGUCACGAAUGGACGCUCUCGAGGAAUGUCCCCGAGCUCCACCUCGGGAUAAUCGGUUCCUGCGAUUCUGGAAAAUCAGCAUUGGUUCACAGAUACCUGACUGGCUCAUUCAUGCAUGAAGAAUCUCCAGAGGGUGGUCGUUUCAAAAAGGAAGUCUUCAUAAACGAUCAGAGUCAUCUUCUACUGAUUCGAGACGAGGGUGGCACCCCAGAGGCUCAAUUUUCCGCGUGGAUCGAUGCUAUUCUACUUGUUUUCUCACUGGAGAGUGAAGAGAGUUUCUCAAUUCUCUGCAACUAUUACAACAAAAUGUGUUCAUUCCGAAAUAUGUCUGACGUUCCAAAAAUUCUGGUGGGUGUUCAGGAUUCCAUAAACGACACAAAUCCCAGAGUUAUCAAAGACGUACGACCGAGAAAGCUCUCCUCCGAGUUGCGAUGCGCCUAUUACGAAACCUGUGCCAUUUACGGUCUCAAUGUCGAGCGUGUUUUCCAAGAUGUCUGUCAAAAAAUCAUCAGCUCAAAUAAAUCAGGGCCAAACAAAAAUUCACCGCAAUUAGCCCCAUCUCGUUGCAACGGUCAAAAUUCGAGUGACAUCGUUGAACCUAAAUACUCAAUGCCUGUCAUUAAAACUUCACUGUCACAUGCCAAAGAGGACACUUGCAGUCCCUCCAAGGUCAUUCAUCAGACCGAAAAAUCCGAUGAGUUUCUUAGGCCAACGCAGGAAAAUAUUCCCCAAUGUGAUACACUGACGAGCGAUAGUUUCCACGAUUUUAGAAGUUCCAUUUUGACACCAACGACAAUCAGAAAGUUCAGGCGAAAAUCAAAUAUUUUUACACCGUCUAAAAAGGAGAAGUACAACAUGGGUGAGAUGGGAGUUGGCAGGGAGAUACCAGUUAAACAGGGCUAUCUCUUUAAAAGGAGUAGCAAAUCGCUGAAAGAACGAAAGAAAAAGUAUGUAACUCUGUUAGAGGAUGGAAGAUUAACGUAUCACUGUAGUUUGCAUGAUUACAUGAACGAUACCAACGGAAAAGAGAUUCUACUUCAAUAUGUGACAGUUAAAGUUCCUGGAAAGACUCCAAAAGGAUCUAAGACUGUGGCAACAAUCGAUGAUUGCUUUGAAUUUUCAAUUAUCUCGUUGGAGAACAAAAGUUGGAAUUUUGAAGCGAGCAAUGCUGAUGACAGAGACUCAUGGAUUGCUGCCAUUGAACAACAGAUUUUAUCGAGUCUCCAAAAUUCCGAUGGCGACAAGAAAAAUGAGACUGACGCAUUCAAGAUGAUGUGCAUCAAGAAUAAAGUUUCUGGUAAUGAUGCUUGUGCCGAUUGUGGAGCAUCCAAUCCUGACUGGGCGAGUUUGAAUCUUGGUGUUCUUGUUUGCAUCGAGUGCUCGGGAGUUCAUAGAAAUUUGGGCUCACAUAUCUCCAAGAUUAGAUCCUUGAAUCUCGAUGAUUGGUCUGCUGGCCAAUUGAGUGUGAUGCUGGCACUUGGUAAUGAUAUUGCCAAUGGAGUGUGGGAAUAUUGUCUCGGUGGUAAGGUCAAACCUACUCCAGAUUCAAGCAGGGAGGCUAAGGAGCAGUGGAUCAGAUGGAAAUACGAAGAGAAAAAAUUUCUUCCUCCAGCCAAUCCCAAUAUCUCCCUUGGAAAACUUCUCAUUGACUCUGUUUGCAGGGGAGACAUGAGGGCAUUCACUCUCUGUCUGGCACGGUGCACCUAUGAAGAUGUCAAUAUUUCUGUAAGUGCUGAUGAUCUGAGAACACCUCUACAUCUCGCCUGUGCUACUGGUAAUCUAGCUAUGGCUCAAUUGCUCAUUUGGCAUAAAGCCAAUCCUCAAAAUCUCGAUCACGAAGGACGUACCUGUAUGUCAUACGUUCGGGCAUUGGAACGAACUCUAGACAACACAACCGACUCGAUGGAAAUGCAAAAGUUACUGCAAGUACUAGAACAAGCAAGCAUCACGAGUAUGGACGACACGGAAACAACUCAGUAUUAAGUAUUUUUUUUUAAUUAAGUGCA